AUCAUUUAAAAUAUAAUCAAUUUUCCUCAAUUUGCCUUUUAGAAAUAGAAAACUGGGACCGAUGGCAAGGUGAUGACGCUGAAGAUGAAGGUCAUGAGCCGCAUUGUGAAGACGAUGAUUUCAUUAUGGAUUGCGAUUACAAUUCUAAUGAAGGGAAUCAACGAAACCUUAUUGAAAAUACUAAACUAAAAAGGAAACGAAAACGUAAGUCAAAAUUUGCAAAGGUAGUUAGUCAGCCGAAGCCAGUUUUUGAUCCAAGUGAUAAAACUUUUGCUCAAUAUUUGGACGAGUAUUAUAAAUUGGAUUGCGAAGACAUAAUUGAUAAUCUUCCUUGCCGGUUUAAAUACAGAGAAGUCGUACCCAAUAAUUUUGGACUUACAGUUGAAGAAAUUCUCUUAGCAAACGACAAAGAGUUAAAUCGCUGGUGUUCAUUAAAAAAAACCGUGCAGUAUCGUCCAGAACACGUAGAAAAAUAUGACAAAAUCGUGUAUGAAAGAAAAGCAAAAGAUGAAAAUCUUAAAAGAAAAAUAUUGCCAAGUUUGUAUACAAAAAAUGACGAAAAAACUGAAGAUACCAACGAGACCGGUAAUUUGCUUCUAAGAAAAAGGAAACAUGAAGAAGUUAGUAACGAAAACCACACGGAAAAAAAAAUACAAAAACCUGCACCUGCUGAAAAAAAGAAGCGUAAAAAAAAGUCUACAUCUGCUAGUACAAAACUAAGAGAAAAUACAUCCUUGACAGAAAACAAUGAACUAAACGACAAAAAUUUAGAACUAAGUUCUGGAAAUUCUACUAGCACAAAGAAAAAAAAACAAAAACCACAUCUGGAUUCUAUGAAUGAAACUGAAAUACUUAUGAAAAGUGAAAAUAUACAAGAAAGUUAUAAGAGUAAUAUACGACAAAAUCACCACAAGAAAACAAAGCUCAGUAGCUACAACAAAAAUAAGCAAGAUUAUGAAAUGCAACAAGAUGGGAUUUCCAAUGCUAGAUUAGUCGCAUACGGAAUUAAUCCUAAAAAGUACAGAAAAAAGAUGAAAUACAACAAUUUUAAUAAAAAUAAGCAGAAUGCUUAGUGUUAUUUUGUACAUUAAAUCUGUAAAUAAUUUUGUUAAACGUUUACGUUAAAGAUUUACAGUACACAUUUUAUAAAAUUACUUCAAAAUAAAGAUUACAAAAAG